AUAUUCAAGUAUUUAUUUGGUAAGAUCAGAUUUGGAGAGACGCCAUAUUCGUUUGAAAUGCGUCGAGAGGACAGUGGUUUACACAGUAGUGGUUGGGGUAGUCAGAGGACAUUGAAAACUUCUAAAAAGGGACAAAAAGUAGCUUCAUCAGAUAAAAGAGGAAAAAAGACAGUGACAAAGGUGACAGCAGAUACGUCAAAGAAGUUAUCGAAAAAAGCUCCGAGGAAAGGCUUAUCUACUAACUCAGACAAAAAGGCUUUAUUAAGUUUGUCUUUGCCUAAACAUUCUAAAAAUGUAUCAAAAAAGCCAAAAUGUGAAGUAAUUUUAAUAAAAGAAAAAAACUAUGUAUUCACUGAAGUAUCAGAAGAUGAAGUAAACCAUAGAUCAAUAGAAAUGACAAGAAAUGAUUCUAUAGAAUCAGCUAAACACGAUGACUUUGCUAUAAAAACAAAUGAUUCUGAUAUAAUAUAUGCAGAAACUACAAAUGAACAAAAUGACAACAAUAUAACAAAAGAUCUAGAAGACGAAUUAAAUGUAUCGACAGAUAAAGUGCUACAAGAAACUUUUGUUAGCGACAGUGAUAAAAUUGCACCAGACAAAGAGAGUCGACAGUCAGGUAAUGCUAUUAAUAAUGACGAUAAACUAAAGAGAAAUGAGUCUAAUGAAUUAGAAGUGUUAAACAGUUUGAUUGCUAAAUCAUGCAAAAGCGACUGUUCAGGCGGGAAGCAAAGUUUAUUUCCUUCAAAUGAGAAAUCUAAACUAAUGCUAAAAGAAAACACGCAAAAUGUAGCAACUAUGCAGAGUGAUGAAUCAAAUGUUGUAUUAGGCGAUACGCAUAAGAGUCUGUCUGAAAAUGGAUCAGAAGAAGUUAAAGAUGGUAAAGACACUGGUAUAGGAGCUCUCUUCGAAUUAAUAGAUUCGGAUGGAGAUGGUUUUAUAACAUUGGAUAAACUUCGUCGGGUUUCAGUGCAACUUGGUUUGAACUUUACAGAGGAGGAGAUGAAAGAAAUGAUAGCCGAGGCAAAUCCAUCAGAUUCCGGUCAAGUUAACUUUAAAGAGAUUAAUACACUGCUUCAAGAAACAAAGGUUGCAAUGGACGCUGAACAAAAGCUUUUAACGGACAUAAAGGAGGCAUUUAAUCUGUGUGACAAGGGACAAUACGGAAUGCUACAUACAUUUAGGUUAACCAAAGCAUUAAGAUUAGCAAACAUGUACCCAACCGAUAAAGAUGUAAGAUUCAUUUUGAAAAACUUAGGAUAUCCAAUUAAGAUAUCAUACAGGCAAUUCAAAAAAAUAGCAAUAGAAGUUAGCAGAACUGAUAACGAACGACUCGUAGCUGCCUUUCAGUACUUUGAUACGGACAAUACUGGUUUUCUCAGUGAGGAAAAACUACGACAAAUACUUCUUCCAGCAAUAUCUUAUGACUUCACAAAAAAGGACAUGAAUGGGCUUAUUUCUGAUUUCAGUUCGGAUGGAAAAAUAGAUUUAGAAG